CAUGCCGCGAUGCAGCACUACGGGGUGAACGGCUACUCGCUGCACGCCAUGAACUCGCUCAGUGCCAUGUACAACCUGCACCAGCAGGCGGCCCAGCAGGCCCAGCACGCCCCCGACUACCGGCCGUCGGUGCAUGCGCUUACGCUGGCUGAGCGCCUGGCCGGCUGUACAUUUCAAGACAUCAUCUUGGAGGCCCGCUAUGGCUCCCAGCAUCGCAAACAGCGUCGCAGCCGCACCGCGUUCACGGCUCAGCAGCUCGAGGCCCUGGAAAAGACCUUCCAGAAGACCCACUACCCAGACGUGGUGAUGCGUGAGAGGCUGGCCAUGUGCACCAACCUGCCUGAGGCCCGGGUGCAGGUGUGGUUCAAGAACCGCAGGGCUAAGUUCCGGAAAAAGCAGCGCAGCCUGCAGAAGGAGCAGCUCCAGAAGCAGAAGGAGGCUGAGGGCUCCCAUGGGGAAGGCAAGACCGAGGCCCCAACCCCAGACACCCAGCUGGAGACAGACCAGCCCCCCAGCCUGCACAGUGGCGACCCCCCAGCUGAGCUUCACCUGAGCCUGUCUGAGCAAUCGGCCAGUGAGUCAGCCCCCGAGGACCAGCUGGACCGGGAGGAGGACCCCCGGGCAGGGGCCGAGGAUCCCAAAACUGAGAAGAGCCCUGGGGCUGAGAGCAAGGGGCUGGGCUGCAAGAGGGGCAGCCCCAAGGCAGAUUCCCCAGGCAGCCUGGCCCUGGCUCCUGCAGCCCCUGGGGGCGGCCUCCUGGGCCCCUCCCACUCUUACUCCUCAUCCCCGCUGAGCCUCUUCCGUCUGCAGGAGCAAUUCCGCCAGCACAUGGCGGCCACCAACAACCUGGUGCACUACUCAUCCUUCGAAGUGGGGGGCCCGGCCCCCGCUGCUGCCGCUGCCGCCGCCGCCGUGCCCUACCUGGGCGUCAACAUGGCCCCGCUGGGCUCACUGCACUGCCAGUCCUAUUACCAGUCCCUGUCAGCAGCCGCCGCUGCCCACCAGGGUGUGUGGGGGGCCCCACUGCUGCCUGCGCCCCCAGCAGGCCUGGCACCUGCCUCGGCUGCCCUGAACAGUAAAACCACGAGCAUCGAGAACCUGCGGCUUCGGGCCAAGCAGCACGCGGCCUCUCUGGGACUCGAUACACUGCCCAACUGACUGCUGGCCUCCAGCCCAGCCAGGGGUCUUGGGGCCACCCUCCCAGCCCAUGGUUAUCCCCAGCCGGCUCUCAAGGAGUUAACCCUAUGAGCCCAGGGAUCCUGGGCCUGGAGUCCUGCCCCCAUGCCCUCCCCAGAGCCCUAGCCCUAGGGGAGGCCCACACCUGCACAUCCUCUGCAUGGCCCUGCUUGGAUCCCCAGGAGGCUGAUGGGGAGGAGGGGAGUGGCUGGAGGGGGCCAGGCUUUCCACAGGGGAGUGAGAGGCUCUCACCGGCUAGAUCCCCACCUCCGUGUCACCUCCUCCCCUCCUUUCCCUCCCUCCCCGUCUGGUCUGCCCCUAGUAAGUUGCUGUGUGGAAUGUGAGAUAUAACUAUACAUAUAUAAAGCUAUAUUUUCAGGCCCCAGCCUGUCCCAGGCCCCUGCCCCGCUCCUUUUCCACUGCCGCCCUGGCCUCCACCGCAGCUUCUGCCUCUCACUCUGGCUCUCCCUUCUCUCUGUCUCUCUCUCCCCUUCCCUUCUUCCCUGACCUCCCUCUCCCUGCCUCUAUCCUGUUUCCUGCCCCUCUCUCCCUGGCCUCUGUCUUCCCCACUCUGGAUCUUUCCCCCAUGUCUCUUCUCCCUGCCUCAGCUUGCUUUCUUUGGUGCUGGUUGUGUUAGUGUCGUCAAUUCCCAAGCAAUGUUUUGUUUGGGGUUGUGGCUUUUUAGUUUUAGUAAUUUUGCUUCUUGCUGUCCCUCUCCUGCUUCUUCUCUGCCUGCCUGUCUCCUCCCCGCACCGGUACCCUCUCUCUGAAUUUGUCCCUUUCCAUACUCAAGAGAAGUGAUAAGGUCCUGGCUGGAGACCCUGUGGCCACUGGAGCUGCAGGCAGGAGGUGGCACUUGUCCCCCACCCACCCUGCCCUGGCCUGGCCUCUAGAAGGUGUGGUGGACACAUUCUCUUUUCUCUCUUCUCAGCUGUGAGGCCAGGGGAGGGGAGGCAGGAGUCGGAUGGGGCAGGCAGUGGAUGGCAGCACCCUGCCUGUAAGACCUCCAGGAUGGGGCCUGCUGCCAGCGUGCAUCCAGGAUGGACCACAGGGCUCCAGCCCUCUCUCUGGUGCGGGAGGCAGCAGGGGAGCGGUGCUCUUCAGGGCAGAGCAGCAGGUGCUCCUCUCCCGCAGCUGGCCUCCCGGUCCAACAGGGAGUGUCUGUUGCAGGCCCGCCUUGAACCAGGAAGGAAGGUUGAACUCCAGCUCCUGAUCCCAGUGAGGGCGACAGGCAGCACUGUGGAGUCUCGGGCUUCUGUCGGUGUCCUGUCCUAGGGCCACCUGUUGAAGGAGAGGCUUCUGUCCAGCUAGUCACGGGUACAGCAGGAUGUGUUCUUGCUUAUGGCCAGGGAUCCAGCUCAGCAGAAUCCCUUUCAAAGCGGUGUGACCUUGAGUCAGCCCAAAGCCUCUCUGGGCCCGUUUCCCCAUCUGGAUUAGAUGGCCUGUGACAUCCUGUCCAGCUCUAACAUUCUGCAUGUCUGUGUUCACAACCUUGCAGGGCAGAAGUUUUUAGUUAAACUAACAACCACCACAAAAAGGUUCUCAAAAGCACAAUGUAUGAAUUAGAAAAUUACCCUUGCCUUGCUGUGGAGCAGUGGGUGUUGCUCACACAAGCCUCUCCGAGGGCAUGGCCACAGUCUCUGGGCCUCAGUUUCCUAAUAAGUAUAAUGGGUCCUUUCUAGCUGAGACAAUCUGGAUUUGAUCUUGCUUUUCUUGAGUUCCAGUGCCAGCCUCUGUGGUCCAUCCAUCUCCAUGUCUUCACAUGGUCUCAGGCCUUCAGGGCAGGGGGAGGGGGAUGGCUUGCACAGAUUCCGGAUCAUGAUCCCCAACCCUCUGUGGCUCACCACUGAACCUUCCACCCUUUGCUUAGAGAAGUUGCAUCUGAAAACUGGGUAAAGAUUCCUAAGGCUUGUCUCCCUUCCCGGUGCUAAGAGAGGGGGGUCUAUUGGCGCUCCGGUAGGAUUGGUUUGCAGAGCCGUGGAUGCCCAUCAUCUUUGGAGGUCCAUCUAGGUUGGGGCAGAUGGAGAAGGCUUUAGAUGGGAAAAAAGUGAGGGAGAUAGUAACCUGGGCCAGGAAAACUAUUUGAACAUAGCAAUGGAGUGAGAUUAAGUGGACAAUGGGGAAGGGGUGGCAGGCCUCAUGAGAGGGAGGCUGAGGGCCUUGAGUUCAGGCUAAAGACCUUACCUAGAUAAGCAGGUGAGGGUUUCUGAACAGGGGGAUCAGGUGAACCGGGAUCUGGUAUCUGGGAUUUGGAAGGUGAGUCCAACAGCCACAAGAGCAUCAGAGAAGGAGAGACUUAGGCAGGGGGACGGGAGGGUGGUGGAGACUGUAAGAGACAGAAGUGAUUUUUGGUUUGUCCUCUGGGAUCAGCUCCAGAAAGGUCUGCUUCUGAAACUAAAACAAUCUCAUCUAGACCAGGCCUGGGGACUGAAGCUUUCUGCAUGUCCCUGGAUGCAAAUGACUGUUACUGGGCCUUGGAAUCCAACAGCUCCAGACCUCACCACCUCCUCCAGGAAGCCUCCUUUGUCCUCCUAAAAGGCAAGUCUGUCCCAGAGUCAUGGCUGGAGCCAGGCCCACCUCAGGCUCAGCCCCACUUCCCUCAGCUCUGUCAACACUUCCUCAUUUAAUUGACCCAAUUGCACCAGCCCAGAGAAGGCAAGGAAAGUAUAUGGGGUCCCCACCCGCUGGGCGGAUCUCAGCCUCUCUUAGGGGACCAGCCUCAGUUACUGAGAGCAGCUAGAGAGCAAGAGGAGGGUGUGCCUGGCAUCUCCUAUGGGAGCAGAGGGUGUGGGCUUGGGGUGGGCCCACCAUACCUGAGGCUGAACCUGAAGCCUAGCUGGGCCUGCUGGUCACCCUGAGGCUCUGACUGUCCCUUCCAGGAAAGCCUCGCUCCUUCCCUCUCCCUCCUAUCUGAGGUCUCCAUUUCCCUGCUUCCUCACUUCCCCAGAGCAUGCCCAGGAGCCUGGGCUCCCACUCGGACUCUGCAGCCAGCCGGCCAUACAGACUGCUUUCCAAACCAGCUGUUUUGUGACCAUUUGUGCUUAGAAGUCGUGCCAGCUGUGGCAAAAACACUGUGUACCGUAUUUAUUUAUUCUGUUAGUUGAAAAAACAAGACUCACACCUCCUUCUCCCCUGCCCCAACCCCUGCGUAGUACAGCAUGACACCCUGUCCCGUGUAUCUGUCCGUCUGUCUGUCUGACUUCCUGUGACGUUGUGACCUGUUCUCUGUCCUACUUGGCUAAUAAAAGAGAAUCUGGCA